AUGAGAGUUUUCGGGCUCUAUUUCGUUCUUUUUCCUCAAAUAUUCGGAUACAGAGUUAUGAGGAAUGAAAUCAAGGAUAUCCUGAAAGUCAUCUCCCUCGAUGAGCAAAAAAACAUCGAACAACUUGGUCGACAUUUGAUGAAAGAACAACACGACCACGAAGCACCCAAGUCAGAUCACAAAAUUCAGAGCAUUUGGAAAACUGGCUCUCCAGAAAUUCUCGUGAACCGAUUCGGUUUACCAGUUGAGCUGUACAGAAUUGUUUGA